AUGUUGUCGAUAGGUAUCGGUUUGUUUCGAUGGAUACAGAAUUCCCCGGCGUCAUUUAUCCAUCUAAAGUCGAUCGCCGUCACCUUCAACCUUAUGAGCUUUAAUUUUCGUGAUUUUGACGUCAAGCGCGACCCCCACAACAAAGAUUCCAUUGAUCUUCUCCGACGUCAAGGUAUUGAUUUCAACUACAACGUCAUUCACGGUGUGAGUUGGUUCCACUUUUCUGAGUUGAUGCUCAGGUCUGGGCUUGUCUGCAAUGAAAGAGUGACGUGGGUGACAUUUCACGGCACCUACGAUUUUGCAUAUCUUGUGAAGAUACUAACACGGAGUAAUCUUCCGGAUAGCUUGGAAGGUUUUUCGCGUGUGUUGAGAUUCCUAUUUGGAAGGAGUGUAUAUGAUAUGAAACAUAUGAUCCGUUAUUGCAAUGGACUAUAUGGAGGUCUCGAAUGUGUUGCUAGUACUCUUAAGGUUGGCCGAAUCGCUGGAAAAUCCCACCAAGCCGCGUCUGAUAGUCUGCUAACGUGGCAGACUUUUCAAAAGAUGAUACCCAUAUAUUUCAGAAACAACGAAGCUACAAAUCAUGCUGGAAUGAUUUUCGGAUUAGAAGUUACAUCUCAGUAA